UUGUCUUCAUCAAUAGUUUCCAGCCACUAGUCGCGGACGGAGAUAACUGUGACUUAACUCUACUUCACAAGUUCAUUUGUUCACGAAGGCGAGAAGAUCGACCGUAGCUAGAUCCCUUGUACUGGUGGAAGCGAUGAAUCCUCCAGAGUCUAAAGCCCCUGGAAACGCCAUAGCUUUGGACAUGAGCGGCGUCGCCAGCGCUCCCAAUCCCGGCGCUCCAGAGAACUCGGCGAAGGAUUUGAAGAGGAAGGGGGCGGCUAUGGCGGUGUCGUGGGGGAUUGGCCCAACGCCAUUCAUUCUCACUGUUCACAUCCUCGGCGUCGCUGCGGCGAUUCUGGUUUUGAUCUGGAGCAUCAGCUACAGGGGAGGUCUCAAUUGGAAUGCGGUCAAUAAGAACCUCGUCUUCAAUAUACAUCCGGUACUUAUGGUCAUUGGAUUCAUUUUCGUCUCCAGUGAGGCUAUUCUAGUGUACAAGAGCGUUCCCGGCAGCAAAGUUUACAGGAAGGGCGUCCAUCUGAGCUUGCAAGCCGUGGCUUUGGGCCUGGGGAUCUUUGGCAUUUGCGCGGCUUUCAAGUACCACAACGAGUCCAAAAUCGACAACCUCUACAGCUUACACUCGUGGCUGGGCCUCGGAACCAUCAUCCUCUUCGCCAUUCAGUGGAUAGCAGGAUUUGUAACUUUCUGGUAUCCCGGAGCAGCCGCCAACACGCGACGAUCCGUCCUCCCGUGGCACGUUUUUCUCGGCAUUUUCAUCUACGUUUUAGCCAUCGCCAGUGCGCAGACUGGUGUUCUUGAGAAGGUGACUUUCCUGCAGACCUCCAAGGUCUUUGGCCACUACGACAACGAAGCUUACAUCGCAAACUUCACUGCCCUCGCGGUGCUCUUGCUGGGCGUUUUCACCGUCUUGGGGGCUGUCAUUCCCACGGCUUCAGCGGAAGAGGAGUACAGGGCUCUCGAGUGAAAAAGAAUUACCGCCUUUUGUACAGAGAUAUAUGUAUAGCGAGAAUGGAUCAUCUUUAAACAAAGAUAUAAUUUUCGCGA